AUGAAACCGGAGCCUGAGGUCUUUAUUUCAUCUCAUAUUCAUCACCUGGAGAUCCAUCACCUGGAGAUCCAUCACCUGGAUAUCCAUCACCUGGAGAUCCAUCACCUGGAUAUCCAUCACCUGGAGAUCCAUCACCUGGAUAUCCAUCACCUGGAGAUCCAUCACCUGGAUAUCCAUCACCUGGAGAUCCAUCACCUGGAUAUCCAUCACCUGGAUAUCCAUCACCUGGAGAUCCAUCACCUGGAGAUCCAUCACCUGGAUAUCCAUCACCUGGAGAUCCAUCACCUGGAGGUUUAUUACCUGGAUAUCCAUCACCUGGAGAUCCAUCACCUGGAUAUCCAUCACCUGGAGAUUCAUCACCUGGAUAUCCAUCACCUGGAGAUCCAUCACCUGGAGGUUUAUUACCUGGAUAUCCAUCACCUGGAGAUCCAUCACCUGGAGAUCCAUCACCUGGAGAUCCAUCACCUGGAUAUCCAUCACCUGGAGAUUCAUCACCUGGAGAUCCAUCACCUGGAGAUCCAUCACCUGGAGAUCCAUCACCUGGAUAUCCAUCACCUGGAUAUCCAUCACCUGGAGAUCCAUCACCUGGAGGUUUAUUACCUGGAUAUCCAUCACCUGGAGAUUCAUCACCUGGAUAUCCAUCACCUGGAGAUCCAUCACCUGGAGGUUUAUUACCUGGAUAUCCAUCACCUGGAGAUCCAUCACCUGGAGAUCCAUCACCUGGAGAUUCAUCACCUGGAGGUUUAUUACCUGGAUAUCCAUCACCUGGAGAUUCAUCACCUGGAUAUCCAUCACCUGGAGAUCCAUCACCUGGAUAUCCAUCACCUGGAGAUUCAUCACCUGGAGAUCCAUCACCUGGAGGUUCAGAUGUUGGGAUGUGACACCUCUGACCACUAG